AUGAGUAGAACUCAAAGUUGUCAAAUGAUGCAAAGCAAUAAAUUAUUAGAACUAUUAAAAAAAAAGAAGAAAGCAGAGUCAUAAAACCCAAGUCUAAGUCCAAGACAAUAAUUAUCACCUCCAAGAUUAGCAAAACUUAAAUCUCCAAAAUUAUUGGAUGUUUAGAAAUGUAUAUAAUUAAAGUCUUAUUUUAAUUUAGUUGUAACAGCUGCUGUGAAACUAAAAGGAGUUUCUCAUAUAAGAACCUUAAAUAGUGAUAGGGACAAUUAUGAACUUAUAAUUACACUGAUAACUUAGGAUAAAUAGUAAAUAUUGAUUUAAUAUAGGUAUAUCGUACCGAUUGGUUUAGAUUAAACUACAACAGAUCUAUAUUAGAAAUUAAUUACAAAGAUGAGUAUACAUGAUCCAUAAAAUUAUGAAAAGAUAGCAUAUUUUUAAUGCUAAACCUAAAAUUACAAUGUGGAUUACUAUUUAUCAUUAGAUGAUAAACCAUUAUCAGUGUUCAAUAAAGGGAGGACUCUAAAAUUGAUUCCAAUUUAUUAUAAUGAAACUAAAAGUAAUUCUUUUGAUGAUUUUAUAUUGAUAAAAUGUAUUGGAGUAGGGUAAAGAUUUUAAAUUUUUUAGAGGCUUUUCAAGAGUGUAUUUAGUAAAGUAGAAAAAGAAUGGAUAAUUCUUUGCAAUGAAAAUAAUAGAUAAAUCAUUUAUAAUAAAGAAUAAUAAAGAGAGUAUGAUAAAUAAUGAAAAAUGGAUAAUGAGUAAUCUGGAUAGUCAAUUUCUAACAAGAUUGCAUUGUUCAUUUGAAACUAAAUACUAUUUAGUAUUUGUAAUGGAGUAUUUAUUAUAUUUAUAUAAUGUAGUUAUUGUCAUGGAGGUGAAUUAUUCUUUCAUCUUCGAAAAAUGGGUACAUUGAAUGAAGAAGUUGCAAAACAAUAUUUUGGAUAAUUAUGUUUAGCAAUACAUUAUCUUCAUUAAUAAAAUAUUAUUUAUAGAGAUUUGAAACCAGAAAAUAUCUUAUUAGAUAUUGAUGGUUAUAUUAAAUUAUCUGAUUUUGGUCUUUCAAAACCUAAUAUUUCUAGAGAUAAAGUAACAUAUUCUUUUUGUGGAUCUCCUGAAUAUAUGUCACCUGAGAUGGUAUCUAAAAGAGGACAUAAUUAAAUGUUAGAUUGUUAUAGUUUAGGGGCAGUAUUAUAUGAAUUCAUAUAUGGUUAUCCUCCAUAUUAUGAUUAAUAAUUGUAAAACAUUCUAAAUUCUAUUCAAUAUGAUAAAUUAGAAUUUCCUGAUUCUAUUAAAAUUAGUGAUCAACUUAAAAAUUUAUUGUUUCAUUUAUUGACAAAAGAUUAAAAUGAAAGAUUAGGAAAAAUAAAUGGUAUAGAAGAUGUUUUGAAUCAUUCAUGGCUUAAUAAUUUUAAUUAUACUGCUCUUUAUAAAAAAUAAUUAAAUAUUCAUUAUAANUAACAGCUGCUGUGAAACUAAAAGGAGUUUCUCAUAUAAGAACCUUAAAUAGUGAUAGGGACAAUUAUGAACUUAUAAUUACACUGAUAACUUAGGAUAAAUAGUAAAUAUUGAUUUAAUAUAGGUAUAUCGUACCGAUUGGUUUAGAUUAAACUACAACAGAUCUAUAUUAGAAAUUAAUUACAAAGAUGAGUAUACAUGAUCCAUAAAAUUAUGAAAAGAUAGCAUAUUUUUAAUGCUAAACCUAAAAUUACAAUGUGGAUUACUAUUUAUCAUUAGAUGAUAAACCAUUAUCAGUGUUCAAUAAAGGGAGGACUCUAAAAUUGAUUCCAAUUUAUUAUAAUGAAACUAAAAGUAAUUCUUUUGAUGAUUUUAUAUUGAUAAAAUGUAUUGGAGUAGGGUAAAGAUUUUAAAUUUUUUAGAGGCUUUUCAAGAGUGUAUUUAGUAAAGUAGAAAAAGAAUGGAUAAUUCUUUGCAAUGAAAAUAAUAGAUAAAUCAUUUAUAAUAAAGAAUAAUAAAGAGAGUAUGAUAAAUAAUGAAAAAUGGAUAAUGAGUAAUCUGGAUAGUCAAUUUCUAACAAGAUUGCAUUGUUCAUUUGAAACUAAAUACUAUUUAGUAUUUGUAAUGGAGUAUUUAUUAUAUUUAUAUAAUGUAGUUAUUGUCAUGGAGGUGAAUUAUUCUUUCAUCUUCGAAAAAUGGGUACAUUGAAUGAAGAAGUUGCAAAACAAUAUUUUGGAUAAUUAUGUUUAGCAAUACAUUAUCUUCAUUAAUAAAAUAUUAUUUAUAGAGAUUUGAAACCAGAAAAUAUCUUAUUAGAUAUUGAUGGUUAUAUUAAAUUAUCUGAUUUUGGUCUUUCAAAACCUAAUAUUUCUAGAGAUAAAGUAACAUAUUCUUUUUGUGGAUCUCCUGAAUAUAUGUCACCUGAGAUGGUAUCUAAAAGAGGACAUAAUUAAAUGUUAGAUUGUUAUAGUUUAGGGGCAGUAUUAUAUGAAUUCAUAUAUGGUUAUCCUCCAUAUUAUGAUUAAUAAUUGUAAAACAUUCUAAAUUCUAUUCAAUAUGAUAAAUUAGAAUUUCCUGAUUCUAUUAAAAUUAGUGAUCAACUUAAAAAUUUAUUGUUUCAUUUAUUGACAAAAGAUUAAAAUGAAAGAUUAGGAAAAAUAAAUGGUAUAGAAGAUGUUUUGAAUCAUUCAUGGCUUAAUAAUUUUAAUUAUACUGCUCUUUAUAAAAAAUAAUUAAAUAUUCAUUAUAAACCUUAACCAUUAUAAACAAAUUAUAAUGUAAUUGAAUUCAGUAAAGGAGAUAGAGAAUUUUAAUAAAAGUUGUAAGAUAAUUUACAUAGAGAAAAAUAAACAAAAUUUGAUAAAGAUUUUCCUAAUUUUGAUUUUAUUUCAGAUUAAUCUAAAAAUAAAAGAGAAUAAUUUAUUGAGAAGAUCAAAUAUGCUAGUUUAAGAUCUUCACUUCGAACUAGUAUUAUUAAAAAUAAGAUUACAACUCUUUCUUUGAAUGGUAUAUUAUUUAUUAUUAUAUUAGCUCCAUAAUUAAGUGCAGUAUGUCCAAGAUUUUAAUCAGUAAAGAAUUCCUAAAUAUCAUAAUGUUCUUCUACUCAAUCUUUCAGAAAUUCAUCAUCCAGUAAGAGAUUUAACACUGAAUACGACCUUUAGAAAUUACUUAAAUUAAAAUAAUGA